AUGGAUCUACUGAAUGCUAUUGAAGAGCUAGAGCAGCCAACACAUACUUGCUCCAGUACAAAAACCAUUGAGCACAAGCAUGACUUCAUUGAGCGCCAAGUGCUGUGUGUACAAGAGAAGUUGCGCGAAUUAUGGCUCCGGAAGCGUGGCGGGCGUGUUCAAAUUGCCCCGUGUAUCCCGUUUUAUUGGGUAUUUUCUAAUGUCGUACGACUGAUUGAAGAGUAUCCGGAUGGUCUUACUCAAGCAGUGGUGCUGACGGAGAUGUCGACAUUAUUGGAGCACAAAGUGGCUCGAGAUACUGAUCAAGAGGCAAGUGUGCUACGCAAAAAGAGGAAAUUUCGAGAUACCAAAGACUUGGAAGAUUUCUUUGCAGAAAACGAGCAGGAAGCUAUGCAGGCCAACGUCUUAAGCUAUGGAAACCAUCGACUGACACUCGAAAUGACUGACGGUUAUGAUGCGGUAAUUCACAUGUACUUACAUCAGAGAUUCCGCUUCUGUAUCGACUUUUUGCACGAUAAGCUGCAAAACGAACCCAGUUGUGUGCCGACAUUUCCUUUCCAGGCCGGUCGUAAGGUUGCGUUUACAAAUGUGAAAGCCUUAGAGAGAAAAGAUGUAGAUGGGAGAGCAAUGGAGCAAGAAAGUGAUCAGGCCGAGCUUGCGCUGCUCCCGACUUCAUUUCUGAGUGUACGACUGGAGGACAGAUUUGUGCUUGACCGGAAGUUGCUGGCAGAUGCGAUUUCGUUGGCCCAGGUAGAUCAGCUGGUCAACGGUGUUCAAGACGAGACUGCAAUUCAGCAGUUGAUGGUCAAGGUAAGAGUGCUUGACAUUGGUGCGAUUCGGCCGUGUCAAACGCCCCUGUAUGUUCAACGACAAGUAAUUCUACUGGGAGAGGUUGAGGAGACCGAUUGUCGGCUUCUCGGUGGAUCCACACCAAAUACCCAGCGAUUGGCGCAAGGCUUACAUCUGAUGGUUCUCUGGGACGAGCAAGUUGUGCUGAGUCGCCUGUUUCGCGUCAACGACAUUCUCGCAAUCGUUCAUCCGUUCGUGCAUUUGUGUGUGCAGCGCCAUGCAGAGAUUGUACACAUCCUGAACGAGUAUUUGUCUCAACAACAGUUGACAUACUUCUUUGAGUAUGGCAGUGCGACGACGCUAUUUUGCAAGCCAUGUCAAGUCGCCACAUUGAAAAAAGCACCUGCGACAGCUAUUCAGCUCCACGGACAAGGCGAAGUGGAGCGCCCUCUUUUGAAUCUCGACGAUGUAAAGCCGGGAUGGUACAACUUCUCGUUGUAUGCUCAUGUACGAAGCAUCAACGUUUCACACGGAAUCCCGCUACUUGCAGCAUUCUUUCACGCAUACUACGACGACAAAACGAACCGUUCGACGGCUGGCAACGCUAAUGUGCAAUCUCCGCUACCAUUUGAUCGCACGAUCAUGUCAAAGUAUCACCUGGUCGUGCUACUGCAAGUCUGUGUUGCUUCAUCCGAGCGGCAGCUGACGAUCGAGGUGACGGGUGAGAACGCGUUGGUCGCGUUACGUCUGCAUCCUGGACACAGCGUAUUUAUCGAUGGCCUUGUGACGAUGGAUUUGCGGUCACACAAAGUUCGCCGCUUUCGAAACGCGGAAGCUAUGGCACUCGCUUCAACGGCAUCAAAAGCUCAAGCUGCAUUUGCUUUCUCGACGACAGCGUACAACAUGCCGCCUUCUGGCGUUAUAGCGCUGUGCUCCGACUGGAAAAUCAUCUUUGGAAACCAAUCGCUCUUUAGCAACAACUGCAAGCUCAAGGUCCUGAAUACAACUCUGGGUCUCAUGAACACUACACUCGACCGUUCAUCGCUUGCAUCCCCUUUCGACGUCAUGACAAGACACGCGCUAGCGAUGGUCGUAAUGACCGUGGUAGGCGCUGGCUGGCUCAUUCCAAGUGACAACAAUCGUGAAACCGAGCAACUGUUUACGAUCGACUCAACGUGCGAGCUAGAACACUCCACCACUUGUGCGCACAAGAAUUGUUUUCGACCAGUAGAGAUGAUGACUCGGACGCAACAUCCUGCUACCAGUCCACUAAAAUGGCAAUGCCAGUUCUGCCACGAGCUACUUUCGGGGCCUCAAGACACCGUACCGAUGUUUUGUGAAAUGGCAGUCAUCCUCGAGAUUGGUCAGUCAAGCACAUCUCCAACUGUCGUCCUAUGUCAAGGUCCUACCGUCGAGAUUUUGCUCGGUAUAAGUGCUGAAGACUAUCGUCAACUCCCGCUUGCUCAACAGCACAAACGCGUCGAACAUGUGCUUCAUACGUCACUUCGACUCAUGAUUUCCCGAUGUGAACCUCGUCGCGUGUCCGUAUCCUCAUCGUCGUCGACUCGUUUCCAGCACCAGGUUCAACUCGAUUCGACAAUGACUGCAACAGCUACAACACCAAGGACUUUUGAGCGAACCAUUAACUUUCGCAUGGAUAUGGUCCAGCCCAUUGACACACUUGCAGCUACGCACGACUAUCUCACGCCCCUGCACGAAACAAUGUAG